AGACAGCAUUCGUGCUUCCGCCCAAAGAGGGGGGAGACUCCCGUUAAUCCGCUUGCUGGCCAUCUGAAGCGAUGUGCUUCCGCUAAGGAGGCCUACGCCUGGGAGCCUGGGAGUGUACUAUUCUUAGCAGAGCAUGCUCUGCUGCCGCCGUUCCUCUAAUUUUGGACUCCAGAGUGCAUAGAAAACCAAGCGGACAUAUCAGCUGCCGAGUUUCGGCCGAACGUUCUUUCUGUUGUAAAUCGAGCACAGCAUCAAUCUGGACAUGCCGACCACCACGGUUAGGACCACGGUGGUAACCCAGGGUCCCAGCACGUCGUUCAUUUCGGUACAGCGAGGAUUCAUCUCGACAAUCAGUGGCCUGCUGACUGCUCUCGAAAUGGUCCUUGGCAUCAUCGUAUUUGCUUUAACGAUGACUUGGCUAUCAACCGGCUCAGUUCUUUUCCUCUCGCUCACUUCAUUCACCUUCUGGAUCAUAUCAUUUUUCAUACUGCUGGCGUCUGCACUGUCUGCGACUGGAACCGUGUUGCCAACUACUCUUUUUUACAUGGUCUUUCACAUCGCUGGAUUUUUCUUAUACCUGAGCGGUGGCAUAUCCUGCAUUGCCCAAGGACAUCGUGGAGUCAUCAUUGCUGCCGGGGUUCUAGCGCUGGUAACGUGCAUCUUUCACGUGAUUCACGCUGGAUUCGCCUACAAGAAGAAGAUAUGAGCCAAGGGAUUUACCACCUGACGUUGCAACAGCGCGCUCCGGCUAUCUCACAUGACGUCACCCAUCUGAAACCAGGGAUGGUCAUCUUCAAACCAGAAAAUUAGAAAAAAAAGCAUGACGUUUUGAUUCUUUUUAAAGGGCCAAAUGCUUUUUUUUUUCUUUUUUUUUUGCAUGUGCAAGCCCUGCUUUGUGUUCACGUUACCUUUAUACAGCUCGCAGAUAUCUUAAGAGCGUCUCGGUCCGCAAACUGCCAGUUGUAGCAGCUGCUGAGGAUUCAUACUUGACUAUCAUAUUCAUGAAAUAAGAGAGAUUUUCAAAACCUCUGCAUGUUUUCACAACAACAUACAUGGCCGAGCUACCCAAGAGAUUUUCGAAAAAACGGAGGCUGUAAAAUCAGUUCUGAUUCACAGAAGCCUUCAGAUAUAGCUCACAGCGUGGGGACCCGUACGGCCAGAGGUCGACACAGCCCAAACUUCAAAUCAAAUCAAAUCAGUUUAUUUUUCACCUUGUACAAAGAAGAUGAAGGAGCUGUGGAAAAAAGCUACAGCAUUGCAGCUUGACGAGUCUACAGACCCUUAAUAUUGGCAGCUAUGCAGCAUCGUGCUUAAGUAUCGACGAUUUUCUUUUCCCCUUGUCGCACGAGGUUGGUAUCAAAACUGCCAGCAUUAUAGAUUGAGCUCAUGUGUGGCACGAACUUGGGCACUGGCGUUUGGUGUUGAACGCUGGCCUGUACGAACAAAUUGCAAUGGAGUGCCAAUGUCGUGUUCCUUUUCCAACCGCGUCGCGCAGUGCACAUGUCAUCAUGUCGAGAAGCGAUAUUGUUUCCUUUGCAAAGUGAACGCCCAGUGCUACAAGUCAAAAUCUACAAAACAAAUCGCGCCGACAAUCAAAUGUAUAUAGGGCUAGCGGGAACCUGUCUGCCGGCCGGCUGUCCGCCAGCUAGUUCUCAGUGUCAAUGUUAAGUUCUCACCACAGCUGACCGUCUUAAUCG